GUUCCCAGUGAAAAGGAAGAAAGCAGAGUCACACACAACACACACACCCUCCCAUUGCUGGUCCAUAAGGAAGAAUCUCCCUCCCUUCCAGGAUGUGCUAUUAAGCAGCACAGCAGCCUCCAUCCAUCCUUAUCAGCAGUGGCACACACACACUGCCAGGCGGCAACAUACAGACUGCUCUUCCAGCAGAGCCCAGAGAAUAUACCACCUGCUGAUACCAUCUUUAGGGAACAUCCCUGCUACAAGGGCUCAUGGAGACGGCUUUGAUUUUCCUUUGUUCGGUCUUGGUACCAAUUCUAGGUGCCAGUGAAGAAAAAAAGGAAACAGAUCCAUUUCACUAUGAUUAUGAAAGCCUGCGGAUUGGAGGCCUGGUGUUUGCAGUCGUUCUUUUCACACUGGGGAUUCUGCUGAUAUUGAGUCGACGGUGCAGAUGCAAUAAUCUGAACCAGAAACAAAGGGCUCCAGGAGAUGAAGAAGCUCAAGCAGAAAAUCUUAUUGCAUCUAAAGCUCGGGGAGCUCAGAAAACAGAGAACUAACAAGACAACCUGACCCCAGGGAUUACCAGAGAACAAACAACGCAAAAAACUUUAAAGAGCGCUUCACCUACUACCACCCAUCGUGAAUCAGGCCUCCCCUUUCCGCCAUGUUGUGCGUCUGCACCACAUGUGAACUUCUUAUUUACCAUUUGUUUCUCAGUGCUGUCUGUGCUCUUCACUUGUAGCGUCUUAGCACUUUGUGGCAGACAUUUUCCUAGAGGCUUAGAAGGAGUUAAGAUGUUGGUAACCUAAACUUUGUGGCCAAUGUUUGUUCCUGUUCUCAGUCACAGCACAUGCCACAUUAGGGAAGGAAAUUUCACUGACCGCAGAAUUUCUUUUUUCUUUUUAUUUCAAGCGUUUCAUCUUGUUUACCUCCAAAAUCAUACAUUUAUUAAGACAGGUGUGUUAAACAGUCUAUAUCUAUAGGAGGUCACAAUAGCCAGAUCGAAAAGUGUGCUUGUGCCUUUAAAUAUACCUAGUUAGUGAGUACUGUGGAGCUACACGUAGUAAUGUACGAGAUUAUGGCGGAGCCACAUACCCCGUGUGUUUAGCAUAUCUGUUAUUUGUAUAUAAUCACACAUAUCUAGUCACAUACAGAGUACUGUGCAUCUAUGUGCUGCAGAACACUGUGUAGGUAACGUAUAUCCCAAACAGUGCAUUUGUCACUCACAAAGCACUGCGAAUCCUAUGCAGAGUAUAGUGGUGCCGACUCCUUACUUCAGCCAAUGUUUUUCAUAAAACAAUAAACACUCUGCUGUAAUACUCUGCACUGCUGUACAUCGCAACUGCAGGAAGGAUUUAUCCACAAUAAAAUUGUCCUAAACAUCUUAGGAAGCUAGAAGACAUGGUAGCUUGGAUACAAAAUAGUGUCAUGGUUUUGGGAUGUACAUAAAAAAUGCUCAUUUGAGACUGCAUUGAAAUUUGGUGCAUUUGAUUUAAUUCUCUCUAUUUAGUUUUUGUUUUUUUGGAACAGUGCCCUGUCAGCACAUGCUGCUGUUAGACAUUAAAGCAACGCUAAGAAUCAAAAAUGAUAUGAAGCAAAUUUUAGUAUAUAUAGAUCUAUUCUUUAAGAGACACCGCAUUACGUAUUCUGCUAAAAGCGUUACUAUCACUUUAAGUCGGGGGCUGGGUGUUUAGACCCUCCCCUGAGCUGGGAGAAAUGCUUAGAUAAGCUCUACUAUUCUUGGCUUUGCCUGUCUCAUUGCCGGAUUUUGGUUCCAUAGUAUGGAGUCCGACUCUUGCAACGAGACUAGGAAAGUAGCGAUCCAUGGAGUGAAGUCCUUAGCUCAGCUGUCUAGAAAUUGGCUGGGGUCUGGACAACCAGAUUCAGACCAAUCAAAACUUUUGGUAUGUCUGUGUGGCAUGUAAACAGUCUUUUAAUGUGACAAUAACGCUUUAAGUUUAGGACUGUAUUUCGUGUCAUGACAUGAAGAUCGCAGUGUCACGCUCAGGGCUAAAGUCCUGCAGGAACACAUGGGAACUGAGUUCCUGCACUUUUUCCCAGCAGGAACACCAUUCCCAUUAGCAGGAGUCCUGCAGGACCAGCCCUUGAGUGGAAAUCUUGGAUGAGUUCCAUUACUUUUUUCCAGGACUUGACCCCUGGUCACAGUUAUCCAACAUCUAAAUUUAAUGGAUUUUUGUUUUCAGGUCACAUGGAAUUUUGCAAGCAUUGACCGCGAUUCAAGUCUGCGAUUGGCCUUUUUUUUUAACUGUCAAAUCCCAACUCACAGACAAAUCCCACAGAUGCAUUUUGCUGUUUUGUCACCAAAGUCGUCAUGUAGCCCUAACUUUAAAGAGAAAUGUUACAUUAACUGCACUUGGCAACUUCACUGGCACUAUAAUCAGAAUUUGAAGAAAUAUUUUAGGUCAAAUUCAAAAAUAUAAAUUUUUUUGCUUAAAUUAAAUGUUCCGAACGCUGUUUUUGUGCCCCUUGUGGCAUCAUGGCCUUGCCCCUCAAUGUAAGUCAAUGGGAGGUAGUGUGAUGGCCAUCGCACCCCUCCCAUUGACUUACAUUGAAGGGGCAUGGCCAUGACAUCAUGAGGGGCGUGGCUGACCCUUGCAGUGCGAAAACGGCGAUCGGAACAUUUACUUCCGAAUGCUGGCUAGUGGAGUACCCCUUUAACUGCAGGUGCUCCACCCAAGCCAGAAUUCUCAUCUGUUCCAGUGGCCCCAUUAUAUUGACCCAGUCUCUCCCACUCCUCGGGCAGCUCUUAGGGCAGGGUAGUGCAUGAUGUGAGCAAAACUCAUCUAAUCAGAUCUAUACCAAAACCAGUGGAGGUAUUACCCAUAGCAACCAAUCAAAUUUCAACAUAAAGCUCUUUAAUAAAUAAAACAUCAAUCUUAUUAGUUAUUAAGGGCAACUCUGCAGUGUGACAUUUUUUUAUAUACAGAAAUUGCAUUCACAUUAGGGCAAUUCCCUAAUAGUGAUGAGCGGCAUAGGCCAUAUUCCAAUUCGCGAUAUUUCAUGAAUAUAUGGACGAAUAUAUGUCAUAUAGUCGUGAAAUUCGCAUAUUCGUUAGAUUCGUUUUUUUGCGUAUAUGCGAAAAUAUAUGUGCAUAGUCGCGAAUAUUGAGCCCUCCCUUCUUUAAUGGUAUAGGGAACUAAUGGGCUAUUGCAGUGGUAUCCAACCUGCGGACCUCCAGAUGUUGCAAAACUACAACUCCCAGCAUGCACGGACAGCCGUUGGCUGUCCGUGCAUGCUGGAGUUGUAGUUUUGCAACAUCUGGAGGUCCGCAGGUUGGAGACGACUGUACUAGCCCAAGGGAGGGCUCAAUAUUCACGAAUAUUUCGCAUAUGCGAAGAGCAGAGAGGGAUGCAGUGAUCACUGUUAUGUGUACUAUGAACAAAGGAAAAAAAAGCGAAUAUUCGUAAUUGCAAAUAUAUAGUGCUAUAUUCACAAUAUUCACGAUUAAAAUUUGAAUUUCGAAUAUUCCCGAGCAACACUAUUCCGUAAUAUAAUCUGAUAAGUUCUUCAAUGUAUAGGCAUGAACCUAUGCCGAAUCUAGUGCUAUUUUCCAGUUAGACAGCGUUGCAUUCAUUUCCAGUUCUCUUCCUGCCUGACCCUUGUGCAGAUGUGGCUGUUUCUGUGGCAUGUUCUUACACAAUCCAAUCUAUGUUUCCUAAAACAUGUACCGAUCUCGCUGUGAUUCUGGGGCAUCCCCUGCUCCUCCUCGAAUAAAAACACAAGCAUCUUUUUUUUAUUGUGUAUGUAAAUCUAGUGGCGUCAGAACAAUGUGAAAUAAACUUGUAUAUCUAACCCUCCAA